GGGAGUUCUUUGAUGGUGGCCUCCAGUAUCAUAAUCCUACGGGCGCGGCCAUGACAGUUUCUACAGAGCCGCUAACGACCCACCCACCCACGCUGUCGGCCCUGAUGACCAUUGGCAGACGUAGCUUCGGGGGUGCUAGUGGGCAUGCGCCUAAUCACAACUUGUGUAAGGCCAUCCCGACGCGAAGGCUGGCAAACCGGAAGUUUCGAAGAACGCACUUCCGUUUAGACCGUAGAGGGCUGCACCAGUCGCGGGACGCCGAGAGAUUGGUGUCCUUUGAGGAUGUGACAAUGGACUUCACCAGGGAGGAGUGGCAGCAACUAGACCCUGCCCAGAGACACCUGUACAAGGACGUGAUGCUGGAGAUCUAUAGUCACCUCUUCUCAGUGGAAGAAUUUGGGCUUGAUAUCCUACAACAGGAAGUUUCUGAGAAAGCUUCAUUUCAAAAUGAUACAGUGAGUGAAAUCACAAGAGGUGGUUCGUGGUGUUCCAUUUUAAAAGAAUUGUGGCGGGAUGCUGACCUUACAAAGAGAGAUCAGCAAAAUCAAAUAUACCUCCUGAGUCAUGGGGCCUUCAUCAGCAAGAAAACAUUGAGCAUCGAGAGCAACUGUGUACAUAAGGACCCCGGGAAUGUCAUUCUUUUGAGGCUCCUCCUUGUUACUUCACAAAAGAGACCUCUGAAGUGGUGCUUGUUUGUAAAACGUUUGAAACCUAACCUAGAAGCAAAUGUUCAAAAUCAAAGCAGUGUCACAAAACAGCCUGAAGACAUCGUUGGCUCUGGUCAGCUGCUCAUUCAUAGCUCUUCUAAUGCCAGCUGCAAGACGGUUCCUACAGAAGAGAACUUAUGCACAGGUAAUCAGUGUGGAAAAGUUCUCAGCCGUAAACAACCACUUAGGCAACAUCAGAUUCAUCUUCGGGGGAAACCAGGUGAGUGUACUGAGUGUGGGGAGGAAUUCACCCAGAAGCCACACAUCUUUACCCAGCAGAGAACUUGUAGUGUGGAAAAGCUUCAUAAAUGCAGCAAAUUUGGGAAUUCGUUUACCCCACAUUCAGAACUCAGUGUACAUGUGACAGGCCACACAGGCAGCUCACCCUGUAUCUGUAAGGAAUGUGGGAAGGUCUUCAUUCAGAAAUCAGAAUUGGUUACCCACCAGAGGACUCACAGUAGAAAGAAGCCAUAUAAAUGCCAUGAAUGUGGAAAAGCCUUUUCCCAGACGUURUCUCUCUUCAGGCAUCAGAGAACUCAUAGUAGAGAAAAACUCUAUGAAUGCAGCGAAUGUGGCAAAGGUUUCUCCCAGAACUCCACCCUCAGCRUACAUCAGAAAAUUCAUACUGGCGAGAGGCAGUAUGCAUGCAGCGAGUGUGGGAAAGCCUUCACCCAGAAGUCGACACUCAACCUGCACCAGAGAAUCCAUUCAGGGCAGAAGUCCUUUAUGUGUGUUGACUGCGGGCAGGCCUUCAUCCAGAAGGCACACCUGACUGUGCAUCAGAGAAGCCACACUGGAGAAAAGCCUUAUCAGUGCUGUAACUGUGGGAAAUCCUUCAUUUCUAAGUCACAGCUUGAUAUACAUCAUCGAAUUCACACUGGGGAGAAACCAUAUGAAUGUAGUGACUGUGGAAAAACCUUCACCCAAAAGUCACACCUUAACAUACACCAGAAAAUUCAUACUGGAGAAAGACACCAUGUUUGCAGUGAAUGUGGGAAGGCCUUCAACCAGAAGUCAAUACUCAGCAUGCACCAGAGAACUCACACAGGAGAGAAGCCUUACAAAUGCAGCGACUGUGGGAAAGCUUUCGCAUCCAAGUCCCAAUUCAGAGAGCACCGGCRAAUUCACACAGGGGAGAAACCCUAUGUGUGCCCUGAAUGUGGUAAGGCCUUCAACGGCAGGUCAAAUUUCCACAAACAUCAGAUAACUCACACUAGAGAGAGACCUUUUGUCUGUCACAGAUGUGGAAAGGCCUUCCUCCGUAAAACAGAGUUGACUACCCAUCAAGGAACUCAUAUUGGAGAGAAGCCUUAUGAAUGCUGUGACUGUGGGAAAUUGUUCAGUAAGAAACCACAGCUCAAGGUAGCCGUGAACAGGUGGGUAGAGAGAAAGGACAAUGAAGAACAGACGUUAGGCCUGUGCACCAAGAAAAAUCCAGAUGCCAUAAAAGUGAAACUGCAGAGAACCCAUCUAAACAGGCAAGAGCUGGGAAAUGAGAUCUGGAAUGCCUAGCCUUCCCCAGGCUGCAAGAACUUAAUCCCUUGGGAAUUAUUACUUAAAAUCCUGGGGACCUAACUAAAACAGAUAAGUAUCAGAAAAGUGGGGUCUGGCACAUCAAGACCCCCAGCUACAGCUAGUUACGACCCCUCAAGGGGCACUGUGCCAGCGUCAUCAGUGAAACUGUCCAGCCACCCUGUCAACCAGGAUAUCCUUCCCUCACAAGGGAUGUUGGGGGGGGGGGCUAUCCAGAGGGCAGUAAACCAGCUUGGGGGAGACAGGGAAAUCCAGAGGAGAACAGAGGACUUCAUUCCCUUAAAAACUGCACACCGUCCCGUCUCGGAGGGGUCCUGCAGCCCCUGCUGAAGGCAGUCCUGUCACUCUAUCAGUGGUUUCUCACUACUCUGUGUUUUGCUCACAUUCUUGCURCAGAGUCACAGAAUUUGCACCCAAGGAUGUGGGAGGCUGCCACGCCUUGUGGCCACCAUUUUCCUGAUUGGUGAGGCCCUGUCAGUCACUUUGUGUGAUCUGGCCACAUCAAAGUGGCUGUAGACAGUGCCCCUGAUCUUGAGGGUCUUAAAAAUGUCACCAAAUGUGUCUUCACGCGAAGGCGCGCCUUCCUGCAGCCCCAGGGGUCGAGCUACGCUCACCUGUUCCUUUGUGGUAUUACCCCUUGGCCURUUUGGGAU